UAAUUUGCUGUUUCAGCAACGUACAGGCUGAAACAGCUCUUCCACGUUUAUGAGGCAUCGAUCAUUCACUAUAUUACAACGCCAUAUUACAAAGCAUGGACCUAUGGAGGAUAUAGCUCCAUGUACAAAGCAAGCAUACGGGCAUACAGAGGUUGAUUUCAGCUUAUGUUUCGCUUGUCAGCAAGUUGACUUUACAGGAACAAGAGUAAAGUAGUGAAGGGGAAAGCAGAUAAUGCUAAAAAUGAAGAUUACUAAGCAUAUUGGUAUAUUAAAUGGAAUGAACGAGAAAGAAGAACAAACAGGGAUUAUUGACACAGUACCACAAGAAUAUCUCCAUGACCAGCCAAAGGAUGAGAUAGGUGACAGUGAUCCUAGUAAAAUUAACGGUUCAUCUACACUUAGCACAUAUAUUGAUCCUUUCGAGGAAGCUCGCAUUGACCUUGAAGAUCAUCUCAAAUCUAACAAUGAUCACUCGCCGCAAUUUAUUGAACACAUCUGCUUCGACGAUGAUGACGAUCUAACCGAUGACAAAACACCUGACAUAGUAUCAGAUAAUAUUGAUGAUAUAUUCCAAUCAUGGCUGAAACAAGUGAAAGAGUUAGAUAUUGAAAAGCUCAUGCCUCUGGAAAAUGACGAGGAGAUUAGGCCUCAACAACUGAUCGUUUCUCCGUGUGCUCCAUUGCAGGGUUACAAUCCCUGGCUGUUCUCUCCCUUCACACCAGGAUCACAAUGGAGUAUAAAGAAUUGUGUACACGGUGGUAUACAUGGACGCCCCGCACGAGAACAAAUGUUGAAAUAUGAUAUCUUGGAUGAGGCCUACGACACAAUGCCAAUGGUGAUAACGAUGAUGAUUAUGAUUCUGGUUGUGAAAAUGGUUGCAAGUAUAAAGCAGACAAAACUAGUGGCCGAGAUGAAAUUUCUUGCUCAGAACUUAACGUAAGGCCAUCUGAAAGUUAUACUUCGAUAGAGGAGGGGAGUGGAUUAAUAUGUAAAGGAUCGCCUCCAGAUUUAACUCCACCCCCUGUAUGUGUGUUCAACCUGGAGAGGCUCUAAUCCUGCAGCAUUUCUACCAUGUGAAUUGACUUUACCACCACACCCGCAUCCAUAUGGACCAGCAUUUGCAGAAAGCCGGUUUGGAAAUACGAAUUUGGGAAAUGCGGGCGAUUUCAACAACGUAGGGAGUCUCAAUAUUAGCGCAGACUAGUCUAACACAUUCUGAUACUCAUAGCAUCUCUCUCUCUGUUGCAUCGGAAGGAUAGAGAUGGAGAGGGCGCGGCUUACCACGAUGAGUCUAACUAAACACGUGUAGCCAUUCUCCUAAACCAUUUUCGCACGCUCGGUCUUCAGACACGGCGUGAAGCAGUGAACGAAGAUGCCCCUAGCCCGAGCAUGAACUUACGAAAUAAUAUCAUUGAAAGGUGAUAAGAAGAAGGCGCGGGGAACUCUAACACUGAGAUGAUUAGCCUAGCAAAGGAUGGCCAUGUUGGCAGCGAUAUUAGAAGAGAACAUUAACAUUAGAAAUUGUUUAUUGACUAAACGUGGAGGUGUAUAUAUAUAUUUAUAUUUUAUUUAUUUAUUGACACAACCUAGUAACAUAUUACAUUAAAUACACAUACAUGGACUGGUAUCGUCGUAAUAUACAACCUGUUUUUUGCUAGAUGUAUUUUGAAUGAUCUAGUGAUGUAAUGUAGGCCCAUCUCAGUAUUUUAUGAACGUGUGACACUCUUAAACUAUAUAAUAUCACACCGGAAUAGCCUGACAAUGGUAAAGUCAGAUACCGUUGUCACUAAUGGCGGACAUAACCGUCGCUUCAAUUAGAUUUUCAUGAACUGUAUGUUUAAUAGAGCACCUAGAC